ACUAUAUUAAAUUACAAAAUAUGGAGAUGGAAAGGACAUAAAACCAAAUGAAACCAAAGAAAGUCAUUGCUCAAACAACUCCUCCAGUAGAUUUUUUUUAGUUGACCUAUCUAUUCAUCCAACAUAACCAACCCUCUAUGAUCCUCUAACCUACCAUUGAGCAGAAAGAAAGAGAGUGAGAGAGAGAGAGAUUGAAGAAAACCCAUUAAAAGAAAACUUGAGAAUAAAAAGGAGACACCAAAUACCUUGUACACUAGUCUCAUACACAACCCAUUAGUGCCAGUCUCCCCAUCCUUCUUCCUCAAUGGAAGAUAACCGAAGAAUUCCCAUGGAAAAAGCUGGCAGGAUCAUCAGAAGAUCUAUCUAUACUUUCCUUCAAAACUAUCAAUACUUCACCUCAAUUGCAGCCCUCCUUGCCUUCCCUUUCUCAGUCUCAAUUCUGCUCUCACAAGCAAUAGUUCCGUCCUCAACAUCUCUCUUGCCAACAAUAUACUAUCGCUUGCAGAAUCUCUUCCAUGCCGCAGGAUUCCCCCUCUCAUCAGAAUUCUUCACCAUUCUGAAUCUCAAGCUAUCCCAAACAAUCUCUUCAUCCAUCUUCACACUACCCUUCACCCUCACUUUCUUUCUUUUCGCUAAAGCAUCUAUAAUUCAAGCUCUUAAUCACCACAAACCAUCUUCGCCACCUUCUUUCUUUUCUUUUAUUUCUAUUUUCAAUCCUCUCCUCCUCACCUAUAUCUGCAACUCCAUCUUGAUCAUCUCCGCGAAUGCAACUGCCUUCUGUCUUUUAUUCCUUUCUUUCAACUUUCUUGAAGGAUUUGGCUUCUAUUCGCGCAACAACGUUCUCCUCCUCUCAGCUGCUGGAGUAGUUCUUUAUUCUGUUCUUCUUGCCAAUGCUCUCAUAAUAAGCAACUUGUCGUUGGUUUUAUCCGGCACAGAAAGAUCUAGCGGAUACCUGGCGCUUCUCAAGGCCUGUGUGAUGAUUCGUGGAAGGACUUCAACAGCACUGUCGCUUGCCCUGCCUGUCAAUUUAGCCCUGGCUGGAAUUGAAGCUUUGUUCCAAUACCGAAUCGUGAGAGCUUCUCAUAGAGGCCAAACACCUUCUUCUUUGAUGGCUCUGGAAGGGAUGUUAAUCGCAUACUUGUAUUCAAUCUUUCUUGUUCUUGAUACCAUUGCUACUUGCAUCUUCUUCAAAAGCUGCAAGACAAGUUCUUGCAUAGAUCAAGAAGGCAAGUGCGCUUACAAGAUUGAAAUUGCAGACGAAGAUAAUGUUGGUUAUGUAAGCUUAAAGGUCUCGCAAGAGCUUCCAUAAAGCCGGGGGGGAUACACGAGGACAGGAUCAAGUAUUUCUUAUUUUCUUGAUUUUUAUAGAAAGAUUCAUAGAAAGUAGCUUUUCAAUCGCUUCAGGGAAAACCAGGCUAGGGAAAAUAAAGACCCACAAGUGAGAUAAACUCAUCACCAAGAAGCACAAAGGCAAAGGGGAAAAACACACAAUUUGUCCAAUUCUCCAAUUCUUUUUUUCCCCCUCAAGAUGUUCAUUUGUAGAUUGGAAAGUGUUACAAUGUGAAUUAAGGAAAUUUUUUUUUAAUGUAAAUAUAAUAACAUACAACAAUGAAGUUCAUGCUUAGUGAUAA